CACUAUUUCUCUCCUCGCUUUCAUCCUCUAUAAAACGCCUCUCUUUCUCCUCCCCUUCGAUCGGCCUCGCUCUUCUCCUUCUUCCACGAUCUCGGAGUCUCCGGAGCCGUCGCCGGACUCGCUUCCUGAUCCCUUGCCGAUCCAGGUGGCUCCCACUGUCCCCGUCACAAUUACGAAAAGCCUUUGGCCUCUUUUGGCCACGUCUCCGCGGUCCGCGUGGAUUUUUGCGGCAGGAGGUUCCUUUGGCGGCUUUGAUUGAUGGUCGCCGCGUGAGCCGUGGUUGAGGACUUGAGGUGGCAUACAGUAUGGAAAGGUUGGAUUUUAUCAUUUAUUUUUCAAAAAAAAAAUCUGGAAAGUAAUGCAAGUUUGGAUGAUUAGCUGGCUAGAUUCCAAUUUCUGAGCCUGAGAUGGAAAUUUAGGGUUUAUGAGAAGGUAUAUUCGGUGAUUUUUCAUUCGUGGAUUCCCUGUUCCAAGCCGCAUUGAGUAGAAAAAUCGGAGAUUGCUUUGUGUAUCUGCUAUCUGGAUCCCUAUAGUUUGGCACCGGCGGCUUUUUUUCUAGUGUUGGAAGAAGCAGCGCAUUUUGGAUUAGUUGGUUGUGCUUAUGGGAUCUGAGAGCAGAGGAGAGAGGCAUCACGGCCUGAAACCUUAUGCCGAGGGGAAGGUAAAGUGCAGAUCCAAGUUCAAGGUGUGGAUGAUCCGGAUGACGACCACGGUGCUGCUUUGGACUUGCGUUCUCCAGCUCACGGCGCUAGGGCAUACUUGGGUGCCACGCGUCUGGAAUGGCCGGCCAUCUUGCUCUUCCCCUUCCGAUGUACCAAUCCAAGGCCAACAAUCCACCUCUGCCAUCGUUAAGAAGUUCGUUCAUUCCCCAAAAAGAAUCUACAAUAACAAUGGGUAUCUGAUGGUCUCGUGCAAUGGCGGGCUCAACCAGAUGCGAGCAGCUAUCUGUGAUAUGGUUGCCGUCGCGAGAUAUUUGAAUGUGACACUUAUAGUACCGGAGUUGGACAAAUCAUCAUUUUGGUCAGACCCUAGUGAAUUCCAAGAUAUAUUCGAUGUCGAUCAUUUUAUCACAUCUUUGAGGGACGAGGUCUGGAUAUUGAAAGAAUUACCACCUAGACUAAAAUGGAGAGUCGAGAAAGGAUCAGUGUACACUAUGCCACCAGUUAGCUGGUCUGACAUAUCUUAUUAUGAAAAUCAGAUUUUGUCAUUGAUAAAGAAGCACAAGAUUGUGCAUUUCACCAAAACGGAUACUCGGCUUGCCAACAAUGCACUUCCUUUAGAGAUUCAAAAGUUGCGUUGUCGAGUGAAUUUCGCUGCAUUGAAAUUUACUUCUCAGAUCGAGGAGUUAGGUAGGAGGGUAAUCAGAAUUCUUCACCAGAAUGGCCCCUUUUUAGUUCUCCAUUUACGAUAUGAGAUGGACAUGUUGGCUUUCUCUGGAUGUACUCAUGGUUGCACUAACGAAGAGGCAGAAGAGUUGACGAGAAUGAGAUAUGCAUAUCCAUGGUGGAAGGAGAAAGUCAUCGAUUCAGUCGUCAAAAGGAAGGAUGGUCUCUGCCCUCUAACACCAGAAGAGACUGCUCUGGUAUUGAGAGCGCUCGAUAUAGAUCAUCGUAUCCAGGUAUACAUAGCUGCAGGAGAAAUAUACGGCGGUGAAAGGCGAAUGAGAGCUCUUUCUGAAGCUUUUCCAAAUUUGAAUCACUCAUCGCAAAUGGCAGCAUUAGAUUACAUGGUUUCUUUAGCCAGUGAUAUUUUCGUUCCUACAUACGAUGGAAACAUGGCUAAAGUUGUCGAGGGUCAUCGUAGAUUCUUGGGGUUCAAGAAGACCAUCACGCUAGAUCGAAAGGUCUUAGUAGACCUGAUCGAUCAGUAUACUAAUGGAACUUUAGCAUGGGAAGACUUCUCUUCAUCAAUUAAGGCAGCUCAUGCUACUCGCCUGGGAAGGCCUGCCAGAAGAGUGACGAUACCCGACAGACCAAAGGAAGAGGACUACUUCUAUGCCAAUCCCCAUGAAUGCCUCCGAGAAGCUUGGUGAAACACAGAAUUCUCAUUCGUGUGCGUCAACGCUUCCAUCCAUUAUGCGUAGAAUUGUUCAUGGAGGUGGUCCGACACGCAAGGUUAGAAGGAUUAUGGUUUUGUUUCAUCCAUCUAUCGAUGCAUUGUGGGAGGUUAGAACACUGGAGGAAUUGUUUCAUCCAGUUGAAGAAAAAACAUAUUUACACAAUAAAUCU